GAGUUGAAGAUGGCAGAGCUGGAAAGCACAGUCAUAAACACCAAUGUAAAACAGAAAGACCCCAGCACAGCACUGGUCGUUGCUGUGACCACCAGAGCCAUCUUCAACCUGGAGGAGGAGCACAAGCUCUACCUGGAGAAGGGCAAGGAGGAGUACACAAGGCACCAGCAGGCCAACCAGGACAAGCCCUUGCCACCAGGCACAGCCUUUGCCUUCAUCCAGGCAGUGCAGUAUGUUAACAAGAAGAUCCUGGAGAGCAACCCAGCAGAGAGGGACCUCUUUGACAUCCUGGUGCUCUCCAACAACAGCCCAGAGAGCGGCAUGCGCAUCAUCAACAGCGCCAAGCACUACGGCCUGGAGAUCUCCAAGUUCUGCUUCGUCAGUGACGAGGACUCCACGCAGUACCUGAAGUCCCACGGCGUCAAGCUGUUCCUCUCAGCUGACAGGACAGAUGUCUGCAACGCCCUCCGGAGAGGGGUCUCAGCGGCGCUCGUCUUCCAGCAAGAGGUGCAGGCCCCCAGCACUCCACUCCGCGUGGUGUUUGACGGGGACGCCGUGCUCUUCUCAGAUGAGACAGACCGGAUCUUCCAGGAGCAGGGCCUGGAGGGGGCACUGCAGUACGAGCGGGCCAUGGAGGCCGUCCCCAUAGGAGAGGGUCCCCUGAAGGCUUUUGCCAUGCACCUCGGGAAGAUGCGUAAGAAGUUUGGCCACGGAGAGUCCCCCAUCCGCACCUACCUGGUGACAGCGCGCAGCGGCCGGGACAUGGGCGUGCGAGCCAUCAAAACGCUCCGGGAAUGGGGUCUGCCCAUCGACGAGGCCUUCUUCAUGGAUGGGGCUCCCAAAGGCCCCAUCCUCGCCCAGAUCCAGCCUCACAUUUUCUUUGAUGAUGGGCUUCAUAACAUCCAAGGGGCCCAGAAUGUGGGGGUACCCUCUGCCUGGGUCCCCUCCUGCUGCUGAUGGGCUGCAGGCCAGCAGUCCUCCCUCCCAGCAACACGGGACUGGGUCAGUUGGAGGCAAAACUUCUGGUGGAGAAGGAAAGAUCUCCUAAUGUGCAGCAAGCAAAUCUCAGGGAAAGGGAACGAGAGCAUGGACUCCCAUGCAAAGCUUGAUGCAUAUUUCUGCUCCUCAUAAGAGGUUUUUUACGUCUUAGGAUAAAGCCAAAAGACACAACUGCUCCAGGAUGGGAGGACACCUUUGCUCUGACACUGGGGACUACACCUACCUGCCAUGUAGGACCUGGGGACUUUUCUCAAAGAAAUUAGUGAAGCUAAUGCCAUACACACAAGAUGAAAGGAGCAAGAAAAAAAAUGCUAGUUUUGGCAGUGCUCAGACUGUCCCCAAGAUUGAGCAACACAGGAAGGACAUCAGCCUGUUGAGCCGAGUCCAGAAGAGGCAGACCAAGAUGAUCAAAGGGAUUGAGCGCCUCUCCUAUGAGGAAAGGCUGAGAGAAUUGGGAUUGUUCAGCCUCGAAAAGAGAAGGCUUCAGGGUAACCUAACUGCGGCCUUCCAGGACCUGAAGGGAAUGUACAGGAAAGAUGGGGAGGGAUUAUUUACAAAAGCAUGUAGUGACAGGACAAGGGGGAAUGGAUUCAAACUGAACAAAGGCAGGGUUAGAUCAGAUAUUAGGCACAAAUUCUUUUCUGUGAGGGUGAUGAGGCACUGAAAUAGGUUGCCCAGGGAAGUUGUGGAUGCUCCAUCUCUGGGAGUAUCAAAGGUCAGGUUGGAGGAUGGAGCUCUGAGUAACCU